AUGCCGUCGACAGCCGCCGUCCACGCACCCGUCUCUCACCACCUUGGCUCCACCCUAUCAAAGCAGCACGUGCCGCUAAGGAGCGUCGGAAUCGCCGCUGGUUCUGCUAGGAACAUGCAGACGGUAUUCGAGGAUGAGGAUAAUUGGCUCCUGUCGUACCUAGCUUCCACGUCGGUGGGCAAAGACCCGCGCCUGAACGCGGCCACCGUUAAGGCGGCUUCCCCACCCGUCGUCGCCACCACCGCCGCCGCCGCCUCCGCUCCCGUAUCUGCGGGAGCUGACGUUUCGUCUUCUCCGCUCGCUCCGCCCGCCGACGCCGCCGCGGAGUUGCCCCGCGGAACCUCCCCUCCGCGCGCAGCUACCGCAAGUAACGGCGCGGCGCACAAGCUACCAGACACUUCCGCCGAUGAUUCGUCAAUUUCAGGCGCAGCUACCGCCGCAACCGGUGCAACUGCCGCUGCGGCGGACCCGCCAGUGACGUCCCUCGCCGCGCAACAGCAGCAACCGCUGCCACCAACCGUGAAACUCCCCAAAUCCCAAAGCGCCGCUCCCCGAUUCCGUUCGCUCGUACCCGCCGCCGACGAGGGAACGACUUUUGUUGACCCUGAUGUCGCAGCAGCAGCAGCCGCCUCGGCAGCAGCGGUUUCCGCCAUCGCCGCCGCAGUCAGCGGCGCGUCAAUGAAAUCUCCUCCGGAGAGCUUUAACGAUUGGGUGGCGGGAGCAGGGCGCAAGUAUCGCCGCCACUCGACCGCGGCCUCCCCUUCUGCUGCGCCAGGCGCGGGUUUCGGCGCGGGCGCAGGAGCAGGUGCGGGUGGCGCGUCCGCGUUUCAAGGCGACCUGCUGGGUCAGGGCGUAUCCAUGGCUGCCGACGCAGCGGCAGCCACGGGUGCUGCGGGAAGGCGGAGGCGGUCGAGUGUCGGGCGCGUGUCGAUGAGUGGACGGCGACAGUCCAUGGAUUAUUCCGAGCUCGACGCUAUCAGGGAAAGACUCCUCCACGCGGCCCAUCUGUGGGCGGUAGCCGCGCCUGACGAGUGUGAGGAGGAUGAUGAGGAGGACGAGGAUGCAUCGGUAACUGUCAAGGUUGACCCACCCAUGGCUCGAUCAGGCCUAGGCCUGUCUGCAGCUACUGUUGACAAGCUUUCCGGCUCCUCAAAAGCAGGAGAGGUGCUGAAGACUGAGUCUGAUAAGGCGCGCGGAGAGAAGCUGGGAGGCGAGACCGCGGCUCGAGGUGCGGAUGGAGGGGGCGGAUCUCCUGAAAGUGCAGCCAGUGGUGCGCUUAUGACACGCCGCAGAGGGGGAAGCACUGAAGGGAUUGUAGGCAGUUUCGAGGAUGGUAUGGGCGGGAAUGGGAGUGGCAGUGGAGGGGGAGGGUCUGGCAAGCUGCUGUCCAGUCAGGCUGCUAUGAUAGAGGCCAACAGGGAUCCCACCAAGUCCCCUUCGUCUUUCAUCAAGAAAUGGAUGAAGGGACCGAGUGGGUUGGGGAAGUGA